GCCCGGGGCGGAGGGCGGGCGCGGCCGGGGCGGGGCGGGGAGCGCCGCCGCAGAGGCCGCAGCGUCGUCACCGGCCGAAACUCUUAAGGAGAUAGUGAGAAAACACUGUAGCUCGAUGUCUGUCCCUCCUUCUUCCCAGCUAAUCCCCCAUCUGGAGAAUAGAGGAGGCGUGUCCUGCCAUGGUGUUGUGACAGCUCUUUCUACAAAUGCUUUAAUGGAACAGUUGCGUUUAAAAUACCAACAAAGGCCAUGGACUGAAACUCUGAAACUUGUUUAUUUUUGCAUGGAUAAUCCACUUCGAAAGCCUGUCAGUUAUGCUCCAGAUGGUCUAUUGCUUUCAUGCAUGGAGAAGAUAGAGAAGACAUUAAAUGCUAAAUCCAUGUUUUCUGUGAUGAACAUGUUGGAACUUUUAUCCAGACAAAAAGGACUUACUGUUCAUGUUAGCCCCAGUGGGACUGCCUGCUACAUAACAUCAAUGAUGUUUUAUGUAGAAAUUCAGCUGGAGAAGGAUGGAGAUGUGAUGGAUGUAAAGUUGGCUCACUUUGAAGAAGCUCCUGUGGUUUGUGAUGAUUUGGUCCAGCUUCUAAGGAUGAAGAACUUUGAUGCCUUUGGCAAGAUUCUAGAAGACCUGUCAAAUAUGUAUCAAAUUCCAGGAAACAGCGAAAUGAAAGCUAAGGGAUAUCAUGCUUUGCAGGCCCUUGAAAAAGACCUUUAUUCAAUGUCUCUUCUUGACAGAACACAGGAUCUAAACAGAAUUACUGAAGUACUUAAUGGAAAAGUAGGACACCUGGUGCCAAGAACUGGAGGAACCCCAAUGAACAUUGAAUUUUACAUUUCUCCCUACCAAGUUUUGGAAGCAGAAUUAAAUCAUGGUUCCCAGGUAUGUGGCACAAAAACAGUUGUAACUGUUGAAGGCACAGAUACACUCUACAAACUGCCUCUUUCUCCAUUAAUUAUAGAUCCUCAAGCUGGAGAGGACAGCAACCCUUCUUUUUUGCAACUGACUGAUGAACUCAGCAUGGAUUUGCCAGCUCAUUUUGUUCUUAAGUUUCAUCAGCCUGUUCCAAUGUCCUCAUCCAGUAUUGAAGAGAUACAGAAACUCACAGGAAUUCAGAUUUCUGGCUUGAAACUAGCUCCACUGUAUGAACUAAUUGUUCAGUCUACUCUUAAAGAAAAAUGCAGUGAAGACUUGUCUACAAAUAAAUCUUGUUUCUUUGUGUCUCUUCCAGAUUGCCCAAGGCACUGUUACGUCAUAAACAAGGGCUCAGAAAAAUCAGGUUUAGCAGGAACCUUGGUCAGUAAAAUCCCAUUUAGCCAUCCAAAGUGUGUGCCUGGCAUAAUAGAGAUUCUUCGACAUCAAGUGGCAUAUAACACACUUAUUAGCAGCUGUGUCUCUGAGAAGCAUAUAAAUGAAGAUGAUUCAGAACUGCUUUACUUUGAAGUGGUACCACACAAGAACACCAGCUUUUCUGUCUUUUUCCUUCAUCCUGUGAAAGAGAAUUUAGCCUGUGUGGUAAUUGAUGUUAUAACCUCUAGAGAAGUCCAAUGUCACCUUCAUUUAAAUCCUCAAGAUCCAACUCUAAAUUCUACUGAUGACUUCAUAGCAAGAACUGUGAAAUGUUGCAUGUCAGUCCCAGUUGUCAUGAGAGCUGUUUUAAGGAAUGCUGCCAAGGUGAAAGCUGACAGUGAAACACAAGACAUGGACACAGAGUAACAACCUGGACCACAAUCAGAGCAAACUACAGAUUCUAACAGUCUCAAAGAAAGCCUUUCUGGGGCUGGUCAGCAGUACUGGGUAGUGACAGAUAAGCAAAAUAAUACAGACAGUACAGAAGAAAAUCUCUCUACAGCCAAACUGGAAACUCUGGGUGAUAACAUGGAAAACAAAGUAACCCCUCACUAUGCACUGAAACUCUGUGGAGGAAGUAAUUCCAUAGCUAGCACAGAAGCUGAUGUAAUAGACAAAAAUCCUGACAGUUUUAUAAACAAAAAUAAAGUCUAUUUAGUAAUUUGUGAA